CAUAACAGACAAAAGAAUGAAAGCAAAUUCCAAUCAAAAGCUUGGUUACACUCAGCUUCUUCUUUCUCCUUUGGCUCUGGUUCAUCAUACAACCCAUCUCCACAAAGCUAGUUUUCUUUCACUAAUUGCUUCUGUAUAGAGAGACAGAGAAUCAGCGAGCAAAGAGAGACGAUAAUCGGGUGAUCAUGACUAAGUUACUGUAUUUUUUACUCACCAUAACGUUGUUUCAGCAAUUAGGAUAUGUUAUUUCUCGACGAGAGCAAGUUAUAACACCACCAUUGCCUGUGUUGCCACUGCCAUCUUAUUCUCAACUAAAAUGGCAACAAAGAGAGCUCAUAAUGUUCGUCCACUUUGGAGUCAACACAUUCACCGACUCUGAAUGGGGCACUGGGAAAGAAAACCCAGCUAUAUUUAACCCAGUUGGGUUUGAUGCGAACCAGUGGAUCAGUGCAGCCAUGGACGCAGGAGUUUCUCUUGUCAUACUAACGGCAAAACACCAUGAUGGAUUUUGCUUGUGGCCUUCAAAAUACACUGACCAUUCUGUCAAACUUAGUCCCUGGAAAAAUGGAACUGGUGACGUGGUGGAAGAGUUCGUAAAUGCUGCUAAAGCUCGUGGAGUCGAUGUGGGAUUGUAUUUAUCUCCAUGGGAUAGCCAUGAUCAGAGAUAUGGCAAUGAUUUACAGUAUAACGAAUACUACUUAGCUCAACUGCAAGAGCUACUCGCCAGAUAUGGAAACUUAAGAGAGAUUUGGUUCGAUGGAGCCAAGGGUUCAAAUGCACCAAACAUGUCAUAUUAUUUUUCAGAGUGGUUCGCCAUGGCGAAGGAGUUGCAGAGCUCCAUUAACAUAUUUUCUGAUGCGGGUCCGGAUGUUAGAUGGGUUGGUAAUGAAAACGGGUCUGCUGGAAGCACUUGCUGGUCGACCAUCAAUCGCACCUCUCUUUCAAUCGGAAAUGGAAGCAUUGUUGAUUAUUUAAACACUGGUGAUCCAGAAGGGACAAACUGGUUGCCGGCUGAAUGCGAUGUUUCAAUCAGAACUGGAUGGUUUUGGCAUAUAUCAGAAUCACCAAAGAAGCUAAGUAAUCUACUUGAAAUAUACUAUAAUUCAGUGGGGCGAAACUGCGUGAUGCUGCUUAAUGUGCCUCCUAACUCAACCGGGCUAAUCUCUGACAUUGACGUGCAAAGAUUGAGGGAAUUCAGAAAGGCCAUUGACACAAUAUUUUCAGAAAAUUUAGCUGACAAAUGCACCAUUGAAGCCAGCAGCCAAAGGGGAGGCAAAGACGGCGGUUUUGGCCCAGAAAAUGCACUAGACACCGACCAUUUAUGGACAUACUGGGCUCCAGGAGAUGACAAAAAUGAAGGGCACUGGAUUCAAAUCAAUGCUCAAGAUCAAAAGGGGUUGAAAUUUAAUGUGAUCAGAAUUCAAGAAGCGAUUGGGCUUGGUCAGAGGAUCAAAGAACAUGUAGUUUACGUUGAUGGCAAACUGGUGGCAAAAGGGAGCACAGUUGGGUACAAGAAACUCCACAGGCUUGAAAAUGGAGUGGAAUAUGGCCAUGUUGUGAAGAUAAAAGUCACGAAAUCUAGGGCACCGCCUUUAAUUUCUUCAAUCGGUUUGCAUUUUGACCCUUAUUGGCACCCAAAUGAUGGGCAGUGACCUGAAUUACGGCCUUUUCCAUUUGUUUUGCAUGUGUUUGGGGGCCAUGCCCACGCUCUUCUGUUUAAUCUCUUUUGUCUUAUGUCAACAAAGUGUAAAGCCAUUGUAAUGUAGCCAAGGUCACACAAAGCCAAAAAGGAAUAAAAGAAUAUGAGUCUCCAGUAUUUCAGCUUGUGGGGUGGGGUAGUUUCUUUUUAUUUUUCUUCCCCGUGAAUUUUCUGUUCAUCCUUGUAUGACUAUCUCUCUCCUAAAAAAUUAAAAAGACAAACAGAAAAAUCAUCAAUGAUUUAGAGUUUGAAAAGAUUGUUAUUUAUUA